GGCAAGUUUAGAAGGAAGAAAGUGUUGAAAGGUGAAGUAGUCAAAGUUUUGACGGUGAAUUUGGAAGUGAAGAGCGAAGAAGGUUGCGACAACGAUGUGGCUCGAGGUUAUCUUCGGUUUGAUUGUAUACAGGUUGUUCCGACGCUUCUUCUACGACGACGACGUUUUGGACAUCGAAGGAUCUGACUCUUCUGUUCUCUUCUCUGUUGCAGAAAGGCUUAAGAAACUUUACGGAGCAAAUGUGUACGUCGGUCUUCGAAUUCCCGAUGCCGAUACCGCUUCUCGACAGAGCAUUGACAUCGUUCUUCUCACCAAACAGGAGCUAGUGGUGGUAUCUGUGAAAAACUUCUCGGGGAUUUUGACAAUUGGUGGUGAUGGUAGUUGGGUCUGUGAAAAGCCAGACAAACAUAAAGCGGAGCGUCAUCCUGAUCCUGUGGAAGAAGCAAGGAAGCAAGUUGCUAUCCUUGAAUCAUAUCUUGAACAAAGAGGGGUUGCUCUGCCUGAAGGAUAUAUAUCUUUCAAAGUUAUACUUCCAAAUCCUAAAUUAUGUACCAUUCCUGCAGGCAGUUUUCCAUCUGAAGUUGUUACGCAUGACCAAUGGAUGCAACUGAAGCCAGAACAUAAAAGCACGCUGUCCAGUUGGGUAAAGACUGCCUUUCGUAGUGGGAAGAAGGAUAUGCAAGAAUCUGUUACUCAGAAUCUUGAUUUUGUCCUUAGCUCAGCUCCAAUAUGGGAUAGGGUGGAGCUUAAAGGCAACAAGUUUGUAUUGGGGGAGUUCCUGGAAUUUAAGGGAAAAGAAGAAGAUGUUCAGGCUUUAAGACAUAUUAGAAGAUCAAAAGUUGGUCAAAUGAUGAUCCAAAAGACAAGCAUGUUUGGACUAGCUCCUUCUAGGCUUCAAGUUCUAUACACCUUUCGCGACUAUAGAACUGAAGGGACAUCAGAACCAGAGUGUAAAGAAGUAACCGUAAGAUCAAGUACAGAGAUAAUAUUUCAAUCUGAAAAUGCUUCCAAAGUUCGGAAGUUUAAGCUCUCUUCAGUGAGCUCUAUGCUUCUUAGCGCUUGAAGUUGGCCAAACUAAAGAAAGGUAUUUUAGUGCUGAUUUUUGCCAGUGGCAUAUAUUUCUCGUCUAUUUGUAUUCCUCUUCAAGGAUGUAUAUUCUUCGUUAAGAUGCAUGAAAUGGAUAUAUACAUUACUAGCCUUACAGAAUAUCAUUACACUCGAAAGUCAUACAAGUUACUUAACAGGUUUUUCUGCGUGCUUGAUUUUAUGAUGUAUAUUUUAAUAUAAUUAGCAGUUUUAUA